AUGGCUGAUCACCAGCAGCAGCAGCAGCAACAUAUUCCCCAGGAUUGGGAAACCUGCAAGGAGAACUUCAAACCACGCCGCCAGGGCUACAGCGCAGAAUCCGUCAUGAACGCAGCCGUGGCAACACCAUUCGAGAGGCUCGCAGAACAGGAACGUGCCUUUGAAGAGGCUGUGUUCACGAGCGGCGGCAGCGACCCUCUCGACAUCUGGAAGCGAUACAUUGCUUGGGCAGAAGAGCGCGAGAACAGCGCCGACUAUCAGAUUGACGUUGCUCGCCUCCUGGAGCGCUGCAUCAAGCGUUUUGAGCGCGAUGAAACCGUCAGGAACGAUGAGCGCUUUCUCAAGAUUUGCCUCAAAUACGCGGACCGCUGCGACGAACCGUUUCAGAUCUUCACCUUCCUGUUUGAUCGCCGCAUUGGCAUCCAAACGCCUCUCUUCUGGCUGACGUGGUCGGUGAUGUACGAGAGCAUCAAGAACUACGAUGAGGCCGUGGAGAAGCUUGAGCGAGGCAUCAUCACCAUGACAGAGCCGGAACCCAAGACGUUUCUGCAGCGAAAGCUCACAGCACUGCAGCAGCGUGCGUCCUACCACCGUGAAAAGCAAGAGGCAGCCUCUCCCGUCGACAGCCCAGCUGCCAACGCUGAUGAAGACAAGCGCAUUACCUUUGGUGAGCUGCCACAGACGCGAAGUGGCCGUCUGCCCGUCAACCGUGGAAAGUUCGCACGCCAAGGCGGGCGUGGUCUGAAGAACGUUGUCAACGGCCGACCGGGUCUUGGUCUCGGUGCGCGCUCAUCCGGGAACAACGGCGCCCUCAGCAUUUACCAGGACUCUGCCGAGGACACGCAGGAGCGCAGGCACCGUCCGGUCGUGCUGCUCUCACGUCCUCAAAUUCGCAGUUUCCCAGACGCCAGCGCCACCGCCAAGGAAAACUCACGGGACCCCUCGGGCUGGCACGGCACUGGUGGGCUGCGUACGCGACCAACAGCAGCCGCAACUGCUGAGCCCCUCGACGUGUAUGAGGAUGAAGAUGUCAAGGCUACAACCGGCGACAAGUCGCCAGCGCCAAAACUGCCGAAGGCAUCCCGCAAGAAAGUGCUGCAGCCCAAGAAGCCGGCCGCGCCCGUUCGCAUCUUCCACGACUAUGCACGCGAGCGUGGGCUUGAGCGCGAGCUGCCUGGCCAGUACCUGAUGUACGACCCACGGCCGCUGCUGGAGGAUCCGGCAACCGAGUACUGCUUUGAAGAGAUGCGCGCGUCGCACUGGCUCGCCGCCAACCAUCUCACGGCAGACCACUUUCCAAUCGAGCACGACUACGACAAUGACCUCGACGUGUCGAUGGGCGGUGAUGAGUAUGGCCAGAACCUCGACACCGAGGAUCACCAAUACAGCGGCGACCAUUCACACAAGCAUAUGCUGCCAACGCGGACUCCAGCCGCUGCCAUGGUGAAUGCACAAGGCGCCAACGACACACGUCAGGCUGAUGCCGCAUUUACAGCGCCAGAGGCAAACAGGCGUGAGCGCCGCGCACUGCGCGCUCUCCCCAAUGCCGGCGAGGAGUCGGAGCCGGAGAACACGGUGACCAAGCGGCUGCAUUUCAGUGUUCUUGACCAUGAAGAACAAGAGGAGCAGCGUGACGAGGCGCCAUCGCCCACAAUCAACACCAAGGCAGCAAUGGCUGACGUGAUGGCCAUGUUUGGCGGCGCCCUCAACUCUCCUACAACAGAGAGCGGCAGUGCUGGUGUUUCGGCGGUGUCGCCUCGCCCAUCACAGCCGCUGUCUGUGUUUCAGGACGUGAACACGAGUACAGGUGCACACGCCGAUGAUGAAGCAGAAGACGUGGACAGUGAGAACAAAGAAAACUGUGCUCCCCUCGAAGCAAAGAAGCCCAAGAUGAGUGCUGCACAAGAGGCAUGCCAGCGCACCGGCCAGUCUCGCAGCGUGCUCGGUGAGCUGAAAGGCUUUGACCUGUGCAGCCCGGAAGAGCUUGCUGCUGCCCGCGCAUACUCGGGUGAUGACGACGAUGGUGAUGAUGAGGACGAUGACCAGGGCAACGGUCGCAAUCAUGGCGACAUUCACGGCUUCGGCAGCAACAAAAUUGGCGGCAACAAACACUUGAGCGUCUUUGGUGGAAAAGGUGAUGAUGACGAUGAUGAUGAUGGUGGUGAUGGCGAGAACAAUGACGAGUACAACCACCAUCGUGGUGCUGCAAAGCCCAACACACAACGCCGCCCGCUGGGAGAGCGCCAAAUGCCGUCACUGCUGAACGACAGCCAUGAUGCGGACGAGCGUCAUACAAGCAACGGCCCAGGCUUUGCACAACAACACCACCACCACCCGCACCGUGCAACCAUGCUCAGCCCCAUUCUGGAGGCUAGCCAUGAGAUUUCCUCCUCUGCGUCGUUCCUGUCAACCAGGAGCUCCAGAACGCCCUCUGCCGCCGGCUCUGGUCCACAGUCCACGCUGACGACACCAUCCGCAGAGUGCACCACGGUCACCGAGCUUGCCCGCGCACUCGCCAGCAAGUGCCAGGACGCGAUUGAGGCCUCGUCCAUGACAGUUGUGCAGCCAACAAAUGUGCCAGCCCUCAAACCUGGUCAAGUGCUGCAGAAGAUCGUUCCUGACUGCACCCUGUCCGUGUGGCGUCAAAGUGACCCCCGUGCGUAUCUUGCCGUUGAGUACGCGAUCGAGGACUAUGACAGCUCAGACGUCGAGUACCUGCGUUGCUUCCAGCUCAAGGUGGUGGAGCAUCUCUAUGAAGCGCGCAUGUCGCUGCUUGUUCUGGAUCGUCUGAAGCAGCUCGAAGACGCGCAGCUGCGUGCCCGUGCCAUGGCGAGUGUGAGCGUGCCGGUUGCCUUCCACGUGUUUAACAACGGGCUUGUCAUGUGCUCCACCUACUCAAGCAAGGCCAGUCUGGCAGACCUCGUUGCCUCCAACGCAGACAAGGGCGUGGCGUGUGACGAGACGCUUGUCAUGUUCUAUGCCAUUGAGCUCCUGCGCACCAUGGAGGCGCUGCACUCCUGCGGCUUUGUCGCAGGCAACUUCCAACCCGAAAACAUUCUCCUCCGCUGCGAUCUCUUUGCUCUCGAGGCCGAAGAGGAGCAGGAGGCGACGGCACCCUGGAACGCACGGGGCGCCAACGGCUGGAAGCACUACGGUGUUGUGCUCACCAACUUUGCCCGCGCUGCGGACAUGCAAGAGUUGCCCAGGCAGACGUUUGAGGACCACCAGCUGCUCGCAAGCCUUGGUCGCACCGCGGGCGCAUUUGAGCGGGAUUAUGUGGACGUGGCGGAUGUGCUGCACCAACUGCUGUUUGGAUCCGCCCUAGCUGUGGAGCAAGACGCAGACACGAGCCAAUUCAAGCUGCAACAGCCCAUCAAGCCGUAUUGGCAACGCGAGUUGUGGCACAACAUGUUCACGACGCUGCUGAACAACACCACAGGUUCAUGCGACCUGAGUUCUCUGCGCCGGGAUUUCGAGGGCUACUUGGAGAGCAACAGCUACAAGAGCAGCUCGCUCCAUGGCCUGCUCAUCCGCCAAGACCUGCAGCUUUCUGACUGA